AUUGUCCUCCGCUUGGACUAGAGACAUUAAAAAUCACUGACUUCCAGCUCCAUGCCUCUACAGCAAAGCGAUAUGGCCUUGGGGCCCACAGAGGAAGGCUUAAUAUUCAGGCAGGUGUUAACGAAAAUGAUUUUUAUGAUGGUGCUUGGUGUGCAGGAAGAAAUGACCCAUAUCAGUGGAUUGAAGUAGAUGCUCGAAGGCUAACAAAAUUCACUGGAGUCAUCACACAAGGGAGAAACUCUCUCUGGUCGAGUAACUGGGUGACCUCUUACAGAGUAUUGGUGAGCAAUGACAGUCAUGCAUGGACUGCUGUCAGAAAUGAAUCUGGAGAUGUGAUAUUUGAAGGAAACAGUGAAAAAGAGAUCCCAGUUCUCAAUAUGUUGCCGGUGCCACUGGUUGCACGUUAUAUCCGUAUAAACCCGCGGUCCUGGUUCCAAGAAGGUAGCAUCUGUAUGAGACUGGAAAUCUUAGGGUGUCCUUUGCCAGACCCAAAUAAUUACUACCACAGAAGAAAUGAAAUGACAACCACAGAUAAUCUGGACUUUAAGCAUCACAACUACAAGGAAAUGAGGCAGCUGAUGAAAACUGUGAAUAAAAUGUGCCCAAAUAUCACAAGGAUUUACAAUAUUGGAAAAAGCAACCAAGGACUAAAGCUGUAUGCCGUCGAGAUUUCUGACAACCCAGGAGAACACGAAGUUGGUGAACCAGAAUUUCGGUACAUUGCAGGAGCUCAUGGGAAUGAAGUGCUUGGACGUGAGCUAAUCCUUUUGUUAAUGCAGUUUAUGUGCCAGGAAUACCUGGCUGGGAACCCACGCAUUGUACAUCUCAUUGAGGGUACUAGAAUCCACCUUCUGCCCUCAGUCAAUCCAGAUGGAUAUGACAAGGCAUAUAAAGCGGGUUCAGAAUUAGGAGGCUGGUCUUUAGGACGAUGGACUCAGGAUGGCAUUGACAUCAACAAUAAUUUCCCUGAUUUAAACUCUUUGCUCUGGGAGUCAGAAGAUCAGAAGAAGAGUAAAAGAAAAGUUCCAAACCAUCACAUCCCGAUCCCUGACUGGUACCUGUCUGAAAAUGCCACUGUGGCAGUGGAGACACGGGCAAUAAUAGCAUGGAUGGAAAAAAUUCCUUUUGUGCUGGGUGGCAAUUUGCAGGGAGGGGAGCUGGUGGUGGCGUACCCCUAUGAUAUGGUGCGAUCCAUGUGGAAAACCCAGGAUUACACACCUACCCCAGAUGACCAUGUCUUUCGUUGGCUUGCAUAUUCCUAUGCAUCCACGCACCGGCUGAUGACAGAUGCGAGGAGGAGAGCAUGUCACACUGAGGAUUUCCAAAAGGAGGAUGGCACUGUUAAUGGAGCAUCCUGGCACACCGUGGCUGGAAGCAUAAAUGACUUCAGUUAUCUGCACACAAACUGCUUUGAGCUGUCCAUCUACGUUGGCUGUGACAAGUAUCCCCAUGAAAGCGAGCUGCCUGAAGAAUGGGAAAACAACCGCGAAUCCCUGAUUGUUUUUAUGGAACAGGUUCAUCGGGGCAUCAAAGGCAUAGUAAAAGAUGCGCAUGGAAAGGGAAUCCCAAAUGCUGUUAUUUCAGUAGAAGGUGUUAACCAUGACAUUCGCACAG